AUGGAAUCAUCCUCGGAAACGGAAACCAAACAAGCCGCGGCGGCUCCGGUCUCUCCCAAGGAAGAAGAAGAAACGACUGAUGCGAAGCAAGAAACAAGCAAACCUGCUCAGUCACGCCUGUCUCAAAUAUGGUCUCAUUACAUGGAACAACUCCGUAAGAUUGAUGCACUUGAACAGAAAUUGGACGAAAGAGCCACGAUGUCAAGGCGACGGGCACAAAAUGUGUUAGAUCAGACACGGUCAUUUCGACAUUCGCAUUUGCGCAUGUUCGUGACCCAUCAAUUUCAAAAUCAUUUGCCCCAUCAAGCUUUGUGGACCCUCGUCAUUGAAGGCAAGCUAUUAGUAGGCUUGUUAGACCAUGAGAGUGCAAGACGAAUUGACGCAGAAGGGAGCUUGUCUGUCAUCAGAAAGACGACUACAGAUGGCUCUGUACCGAAAAAAUCGUACAUGCCCACGGCAGCCCAAGCCAUCGCAGCUGCGGGUGGCCCUGGAGCUCCCCAAGUGGGUGGAUCUGAAGCCACCACACCAGCCAGUGGCACUGCUGCUGGAUCCCUUUCAGACCGAUAUCGUUCCAUGGGAGAAUCCGAAGAUUAUACUUUGGACCCCAUCUUUUUUACACACUUUUUCAACAAAAUGGAAGUUGUCAUACGCACAGUCUAUCAACCGCGAACGUCCUCUGUGCCAACGGCAACACCGACCAAAAAGUCUCGUAAUAAACGCAAGGCCGACAAGCAGGAUGUCAAUGUGACAUCCAAUAGCAUUGCAAACCCUGGCGAGCUGAGGGCGUCGGAACCAACCAACGUGGUUUGGAAUCAGAGCAACAGUGCGGAUGCAGAUGCUUUCUUUGUCCAAUAUUCCGAUCACUAUUCAGAUCGGCCCAUGCCUCCAGGUAUGAAAUUCCAUAGUAUUGUGGCCACAAUCUCGCUAUAUCCGAUUCGAUCGGGAGACAUGUAUAAGCCCUCCAAAAAGCUGGCAGAAGCUCUAUUUCCAAGGCACGUAGAGAAUCCUUGGAGACAGGCAGCUGAAAACAAUGCAAAGCGAACGAAAACAGAAGGAGAUCAAGCCACACAAGCAACCAUUCCUUUGGAAAAUGAUAUUCAAGUUCCGGCCUUGUUGACUAUGAAGGAGAUUACAAGUGCGAUUUACACAUAUGUUCACAGCAAGGGUUUGCAAGAUAUCAACGACAAAAGUGUCAUUAAUCUGGACAAGACUCUACAGUCCCUGUUUGAACGCGAAACUAUGAAUUUUGCCGAAUUACACCAGGCACUCUUUGCCAAGAAUUUAGUGGCGGCAGUAGGCCCGGAUCAAGAACCAGUAAUUUUGACGUAUAUCAUGAAAAAGGAAGGGGUCUCCCAAGAGCAACCUGCUGGAAUGACUACUAUUUCUUCAAAAAGUGCGGCUGAAACGAGUGCCAAUACCCCAGCUGCCACCAUGAUCACUCCUCAUGGGAGCAAACCAGCAUCCGACAUUACCAUUAAUCCCACUGUGCUCUCCUUUGACAUGGACAUUGCGGUUCCCAGUCUCUUUCAUUCUCGGACGCGAGAACUCUUGCACAAAAUCAAAAAGAGAGAAUUUGAAUACACCUCAUCUCGAACGCGAGCUCGAUACUUAUUGGUUGCCAGCCGGGGAAAUGAAGAUAUUGUCAAAACCAAGAUUGAACAAGUCGUUGCUGGUCAAGGAUAUGCCGCAGAAAACAUUCCUAUUUUCUUGGCAUUGGCCAAGGCAGCUCCACCAGACAGCGAGGCCCGAAUUGCAGCGCAGAUUGAUGCGCAAACGUGUGCCAUAGUCGAACGCCUGGAAGAGUGCAAUGGACAGGCGGAAGCUGCUUGGGAUAUGGUUGAUGCUUGCAAAGAGCUCAGUGCCAAUAGUUGA